AUGUUUGAAGAUAUCUUAACACGCCCAAUGCGAGCAUUUCUGAAAGCAGGAAGCUCUAUUGUUCCUUUACUCAGACACAGAUUUAGCGGCCGUUCUCUGCGAACAAAACUUGGCAGUUUAGAGAGUUUUUCUGACGCUGGUUUAAGAUUCAGUAGUGGUCAGAACCCAUACUUGAAAAAAGUAUCAUUUCGCAAACCAAAGAGUUUCACAAUGAGUUCAGAGGUCCCUGAGGAGCCCUCGAAUGGCAUUUCCAAGCCUAUUGUGUGGAUAGACUGUGAGAUGACAGGUCUGGACCAUACUAAAGACAAGAUCAUCGAGAUAUGCUGCAUCAUCACAGAUGAAAACUUGAACAUGGUGGACGAGGCCGGCUACGAAAGCGUGGUACACUGCGACAGGAUCAUUCUGGAUGGAAUGGACGAGUGGUGCGUGGAGCACCACAGCUCAAGCGGGCUGACCCAGAAAGUGCUGGAAUCCACGAAGACCACGCAACAGGUGGAGGACGAGUUGCUGGCGUACGUGCAGAAAUGGAUUCCCACGGCGCGCCGCGGCGUGUUGGCGGGCAACACGGUCCACAUGGACCGUCUUUUCAUGCUGCGAGAGUUCCCCAAAGUGGUCAAUCAUUUGUUUUAUCGCAUUAUCGACGUGAGCACCAUUAUGGAGGUCUCGUUCCGGCACAAUCCCGAGCUGGCAAGUGUGUUUCCGCGCAAAAAGGGCGCCCACACCGCCAAGUCGGACAUUUUGGAGAGUAUUGCACAGUUGAAAUGGUACAGAGAACACUACUUGAAGGACAGCGAGGAAACAAGAGAUUUCGUGGCCCAACGCAAGGCUGAAAUCGAAAAACAAACGCAGCAAGAAACCAGCGACCGCGACGCCAGCAGCAAGACGGGCGUAGGUGCCGUCGUUGCAGCCGUCAAAGAAUCAUUCCACGAAACUCUAAAUGCGCUGAAAAAAGAGAGUGAAGAUUCCAACGACGAGGAAUCGCCUGUAAAAAAACAGAAGUUAGAUUAA